AUGGAGGAUAUUAGGGCAAAUCCUGAUAAACCAGGGAAGUCAUUGAAUGACUUAUUAUUUUAUAGAUUUGGUUUGUACAUGAGACUGUCAACACUUUACAGAAUGAAGAGGUAUGUGAUUGACAAGUUGUUUGGAGGCCAUGAUGAGUCUUACGCGCAUUUGCCUGCAUAUGCUGAGAUUAUUAAAGAGACUAAUCCAGAAUCUAAAGCAUUUUGUGCUUGGAAAAAUAGUGAAGGCAUUCCAAGGCAGCUUUUGUUUACCAGCAUUUUCAUAUCAUUUAGUGCACAAUGGAAGGGUUUUCUAGGAGGUUGUAGACCAUUGAUAGGUGUGGAUGGCUGCCACUUGAAAGGAAAUUAUGGGGGAGUUCUAUUGUCUGCAGUGGCUAUGGAUGGCAACAAUGAAAUAUAUCCAAUAGCAUUUGCAAUUGUGAGUGUGGAGGAUAAAUAUAAUUGGAGUUUUUUCUUCCGGCAUCUUCAUAAUAUUGUAAAGGACUCUAAAAGAGAAAAUUGGACUGUCAUUUCAGAUAGACAGAAGGGGGUUGAUCUCGCUUUAAAAGAUGUGUGGCCUACUACAAAAAGAAGAUAUUGUUGCAGACAUCUUAGUAGGAACUUCAAAAGGCGGUUUCCUGGGCCUGCAAUAUACAUUUUGUUUUGGAGGGCGUGCAAUGCUACAAACCCUUUCACAUUCAGGAAAGCAAUGGAAAAGUUACAGAAAAUAGGGGGAUCGAAAGUCAUGGAAUGGUUUUCAGAGUUGGGAAAUCAAUCUAAAUGGAGUAAACACAAGUUUGAUCCCAAUGUUUGCAAUGAUUCCAACCCAAACAAUUUUUUGGAGAGUUUUAACUCGACUUUAGGAAUUGAUAGAUGUAGGUCAGUGUUGACUUUACUUGAAGGCAUAAGGAGGGUGUGUAUGGUUAGAAUUGCAAUAAGGCAUCAGGAUUCAUUGAAUUGGAAUGAUGUAGAAAUAUGCCCUAAGGUGGUGAAAAUGUUAAGGGAAAUCAGUAUGGAAUCCACCAAAUGCAAGCUACACAUGUCAAGACCUGGAGAAUAUGAAAUUCAUGAAGGUAAAUCACAAUUCCCUCUAAGCUUGAAUCGAAAAAUAUGUUCAUGUGGGGCUUGGCAGCUAUCUGGUAUACCUUGUAGACAUGCCAUUAGGGUAAUGGUUCAUGCAAGAGUUGAUCCACAGAAGUAUGUGAGUUCUUGGUAUUCUGUCAAAACUUACAAACAAGUGUAUAGCUACACCAUAAACCCUAUCCCUGAUAAUGAGCAAUGGCCUACAUAUGAAAGUAUUCCUACCAUAUUACCAUCUAAAAUGAAAAGAGGAGUUGGCAGGCCUAGUAGUAAUAGAAAAAGGGGGGAAAAAGGAGAAGAUCAACCAGGGAAGCGAUCAAAGACUAUGAGGUGUAAAAAGUGUCAAUGCUUUGGACACAAUUCAAGAACCUGCAAAGGAGGUCUUACUGGCAAAGAGCUAAGGGAAAAAGAUGAACCAAUUGUCAUUAAAAACCCCAGGAUCAGAGACCAAUCAAAAGCAGUCAAGGAAGCAAGAGCAGCAAUGAAAGCUUCAAAUGCACCAAACCUAGCAGCAACUCAAAAAGGAAAGGGUGAAAAUAAUGGAGAAGCUUCUACAACCCAAAUCCGCAUAUCUCAGAUGUCUCAACCACAAUUUAUACAGUCACAACCAUAA